UGACAUUCAGCUCUACAAAUAGUGAAGACUUUUACAGCUAUCUGCCCUAACCAGCCAAUGGUGUCGACUGAAAAAAAGGCGGUGAUAGCGACUCGACCCACUCAACUUCACUGAAGUUUUGAGGGAGAGUCUCGGCUUUAUCGGAAAAGGAGGCUCAUCCGGACCUUUUCGCCAGUCUAGCGGUCUCUUCGGAACGACACGUGCGAUCAGAUGGCGCCCGGUCAGGGCUCCCGGAUGAUAAGUAAAGAUGAUGCGAACUAUAAACUGCACUUUCGGAUGAUAAACGAGCAACAAGUGGAGGACAUCACCAUCGAUUUCUUCUACAAACCGCACACCAUUACGUUACUGACGCUCACCGUUGUCAGCAUCAUGUACUUUGCGUUUACAAGGGAUGAUGGUGAUUUUGAUAAUAACCUACGUGUGGGCCUGCUGUUGGUCGUCUCAUUCUUUCUUAUUAUCAGUGUUCUGGCCUUCCCCAAUGGUCCUUUCACAAGACCACAUCCAGCUAUAUGGCGAAUAGUUUUUGGUCUCAGUGUCCUGUACUUCCUCUUUCUGGUAUUCCUCAUCUUUCUGAACUGGGAUCAGGUGAAGAUGCUGUUGUACUGGCUAGAUCCCAAUCUGCGUUAUGCCACUCGAGAAGCUGAUGUCAUGGAAUAUGCCAUAAACUGUCACGUGAUCACAUGGGAGAGAAUCCUCAGUCAUUUUGACAUCUUCGCAUUUGGUCAUUUCUGGGGUUGGGCAAUGAAAGCCUUACUUAUCCGCAGUUACGGCCUCUGCUGGACCAUCAGCAUCACAUGGGAGCUCACAGAGUUAUUUUUCAUGCACCUCCUGCCUAACUUUGCAGAGUGCUGGUGGGAUCAAGUUAUUCUUGACAUCCUGUUGUGCAAUGGAGGAGGCAUUUGGCUUGGUAUGACUGUGUGUCACUUUUUAGAGAUGCGCGCAUACCACUGGGCCAGUAUCAAAGAUAUCCACACUACCUCAGGAAAGCUAAAACGUGCCGUUAUGCAGUUCACUCCAGCCAGCUGGAUGUAUGUUCGCUGGUUUGACCCCAAGUCCUCAUUUCAGAGAGUGGCUGGAAUCUACCUCUUUAUGAUAGUAUGGCAGCUCACAGAGUUAAACACGUUUUUCCUGAAGCACAUCUUUGUCUUCCAAGCCUCACAUCCUCUCAGCUGGUGUCGGAUCCUCUUCAUUGGAAUCAUUACUGCCCCCACAGUGCGGCAGUAUUAUGCAUAUCUCACAGACACCCAGUGCAAAAGAGUUGGAACUCAGUGUUGGGUAUUUGGGGCCAUUGCUUUUCUGGAGGCCCUGGCAUGUAUUAAAUUCGGGCAAGACCUCUUCUCUAAAACACAGGUUCUUUAUGUGGUGCUUUGGCUGUUGUGUUUGGCUUUCAUUACUUCUCUCUGUCUCUAUGGAAUGGUUUGGUACGAACAUAACUAUGGAAAAAAACUGAAGAACAUUAUGACGGAAUUUGAUGACAGCACCUUUGUUGACUCCUGUGGUCACAUUCCUGAAACUUCCAAAGAGCGGAACUCCAGUAGUAAUUCCAGUUCUUCCCGCAAAAGAAAAGGAGGCUCGGGUAAAAACAAAAUGAACGGAUCAAGCAUCAAGUGAGCACAGCUGAAGAACGUCUCCUUGGACAUUUAUAGAAAGAGUAAAACUGUCGUAAGUGGUUGGAAAGAGGUAAACCGUUAGUUUAGUGUGGGGAGAAAAUGCUCUGAUCUGAAAAUGCCAUCUGCCUUGUGCACUUAACAUAUUUUUUCAUCGCAUUUGGAAGGAAAAGAAAGUAAAAGCCUUUUGAGCUUUGUGGUAAGUCAAGUUUAGGUUUAAAUAAUUCACACUUUUUAGCGGCAUUGAUGUGUUAGAUGUUUAGAAAGCCUGAGCCAGCUAAAUAUUUUGAAUGGGUGGUUUUGAUCAAAUAAAUGCAAUGGUGCCCAACUUUGCUGUGCGGCAGUCUGGUACCGUUAAGAUUUCUAGCAACUUAAUUAUUCAGCUUCUGAUGUUUCUUAUUAUUAUACUAUUAACGUUCCAGAUCAAUGUUGUUCAUGCAAACCAAGCCCUCUCUUGUAUUUAAUUGCACAUUUUCUUUGCCUUGUAAUUAAUGUUUUGUUUGUUUUGUUAUUUUUUUGUUUGUUGGUUUUUCAAUGACUCAUGCAUUCUACAAACAGGUUAAAUAGCACAAAGAAAGAAAAUCUUUGAAUUGAAACACUUAAUUCGCUUUAUAAAAGGUAUUGGUUUCAUAAGCACUUUUUAUUAUUCAGUUAUAUUUCCCUUUUUAAAUAAUGUAUUUUGUUCGAAGGUGAAGCAAGUUCUGUUUUUGCAUUAGAACAGUUAAGUUAUUUAAAUAUAAGUUUCACUUAUUCAUCAUUUUUGUGCAACAUGUAAAGGUUUAAACGGUCCUGCCUUUUAUGCUGUUGUAAUGUUAUGUUUUUUUAUAGUUUUUAUAUUUUGCGGUAAGGUUUAUCAUCAAUCCUGUGUAUCUGUGCACACAAACAAUUUUAGAUUAAUAUUUCAGAAAAAAAGUUUUUUUAUGAGAACUUUAAAUUAAAUUACUGUUUUUUUUUUUACUCACUUCUUUGGUGUAGUUGUAAUUUUUGUGAACCCACAAUUAAUGUACAUGUAUACGUUCUUUAUAGGGAUUUUGCUUCUGUUUUUAUAGUCAUACAGGCUGUUAAUAUAGGCUAGGUGACAACAAAUGCUAAAAGUUGUUUUUUUGUCCUGUGUACAUUUUCUUUGAGUUUUUCAUGGACCAAUAUCUCAACUCAAGAGUUGUUGAAAAAGCAUCUUCAAAAUCGAGUGAAGUUUUGACAAGGGUACCACAAAUUUAAAUUUUUUUUAUUAAUUAACAAAUUUUCUAUUUUAGAGUAAUCAUUAACUGCAUGUUGUAUGAUGUCAAACUUGAAUCUGCCACAGCAGUAUUUCCUUAUUUAAUUGUUUUAAACCUUCAAUGUGAUUGUUCUAGAAAAAGAAGUGUGACUGUUUUUGAGAUUAUGUACAAAAUUUUAUUUUUUGAAAAUUGCAUUUUAUAUGAAUAAGACACCACAAAAGACUUCUUACAAUUCAGCACCUUACAAAUAGUUUUCACUUUCUUGCACUGAUAUUGCUUUCAAAUAAAAUCAUGAAAUUAA